AUGUCCGCGCAAAUGCAAGACCAAGCCGCAUCGGAGACGAGCCUUUUGACAUCUUUCCGCAAAGCUGUAUUCAGCUCCGUGCCCCCCAUCCCCGGAGCCAUCAACCUCAAAGGCCAGUCCGGCAUUAUUACUGGCUCUAAUGCUGGUAUUGGCCUCGAAGCCGCCCGACAAUUUCUUCAAAAAGGCCUUACUCACAUCAUACUGGCAGUCCGCUCACGGAGCAAGGGCGAGAACGCGGCGGAGCUACUUGCACGCCAGUUUCCUGCAGCCGACAUCCAAGUCUGGCUGCUAGAUAUGGAAUCCGAUGCAUCAGUGCGAAGCUUCGCUCGCCGCUGCGAGUCUCUUGAGCGGAUCGACUUUCUCAUUCUCAAUGCCGGUGUCGGUAAAAUGACGUUCGAGAAGAGCAACGAAGGCAGGGGUCGCGAAGUGACUCUCCAAGUCAACUACAUCAACACCAUGCUUCUCGCCAUCCUUAUGGUUCCGGUUCUAAAGGCCAAGGCUCAAGGUCGGCCCAAUCGCUUGACCGUUGUCGGCUCCGAUAUGUCCUACUGGGUUACAUUGCCGGAGACAUCUGGGUCUCUCCUCGAUGCACUCGAUACCAAGGAGGGAUACAACGGAAUGCAGCACUACGGCAAGACCAAAUUGCUUUUAGUAAUGGGAGUUGCCAAGCUAGCGCAGACCGUCACGGCAGACAAGGUCAUUAUCAACUACCUCAACCCUGGCGCUACCAAAGGCACCGGUCUAAACCGCGAGGCAUCGGGUGUCUGGAAGAUCGUCCCGUUCGUUAUGGAUCGCGUGAUCGGGCGAGAAGUUAUUGAUAGUGCCAGGCAGUACCUUCACUCGGCAGUGGUUCUGGAAAAAGAGUCACAUGGUUCCUUUACCGACUUUGUCAUCCGGCCUUAUCCUAAGCUCAUGUACACUGAAGCUGGUCGAAAUAAAAUGAACCGUCUGUGGGAGGAGACUUUGUCGGAGCUUGGGUUGAGUACGCACUCCAUCUAG